AUGCGUGGGAUGAAGAGGCUUCUGUGUGCUCUUCUGCUUGCCCUUUCCUUAUCGAGUGGCGCGCUGUGCGAAAGCUGCACUCGAGUGACCCAGCGUUUGCAAUGCGGAGCCUUGGCGUGUGAUGCUAUUCACGGUCGCUGCGUCGCUUGCAACGCCUCGGGUGACUGCUACCCUAGGGCCAUGACGUGCAACGGGGGGAGGUGCGUUGUUGCAGGCCUUGUCAGUGGCUUUUCUUCCCACACGGGUGUGGCACUAAUAUGCGCAUUUAUCAUUUGUUCCAUUGCCGUAUUGGCUGGUGUUGGAGCUGGUGGUAUUCAUAUUCCCAUGUUUUGUCUGCUGAUGGGGUUACCAAUGGAUAUUGCUGUGGGACUGUCUCAGUCUACCACGUGCGGACAGAGCGUUGUGAAUGUGUUCCUUGCCGUUCAGAAGCGUUUUCCUUCUGCCGAAUGCUCGCGUCCUUUGAUCAACUAUCAGUACCUGACCCUUCUUAUCCCACUUGGAGUCAUUGGCACUCUCGUUGGAGGGGUGCCAAGCAAGGUGUUCCCGGACUUGAUUCGUUUGUCCCUGCUGUUUAUUCUUCUCGCAGUGGUUUUGUAUCGCACGGUGCUAAAGCUGGUUGCGCAAUACCGGAAAGAUAAAGCUGCGAGAAGGGAAACGGCUCCUUCCCCAUCUUUGGAGGGGGCGGGAACGGCGGAUACAUUGGAUGUGCCCGAAGAAGUGCCUCGCCCUUCCCAACCUCAGUAUCCGUGGCUGGAGAUUUUGUGCGUGGUCUCUUCUUUUCUUGUGAAUUUAGCCUUUGGUGUAUGGAGGACUCGAACGAAAUGCGGAGGUGGAGUGUAUAUUGUCACUUAUUGCGUGCCGGUUCUCGCAAAUAUUAUUAUGUUCCUCUGGUACCGUUAUCGACUGGCAAAAAUGGAGAAGUGCCGAGUAACAUUUUUAUGUAAUGCCAAAACCACAAUUCUGUAUCCUUUGGUCUCGAUUGUAGCUGGAAUUGCGGCAGCCAUGCUCGGUAUCGGGGGCGGUCUGGUAUUGGGCUUUGUCCUGUAUGAAGUUGGUCUCAUCCCUGAAGAGGCCGCUGUUACAGGAGGCGUUGUAACGCUUUUUUUAACCCUUUCGUCUGCGCUGAGUUUGUUGAUUGAGGGUCAUCUCCUUAUUGACUACGCAGGGGUUUUUUUCGCAUGCGGACUUGUGAGCGCAUUUCUUGGCGAAUUCGUGUUUAUGAGACUCAUCAAGAAAUACAGGGCGCAUUUUUUGAUCGUUGCGGCUUUAGUGACGAUAACUGCCGGCUCCCUUGCCUUUAUGUCAGGCUUUGGCAUUUACAACUCGCUCAACCUUGUCCAUAACGGCGGUUCGGUCCUGACAUUUGGCCGAGUAUGCCGUGCGAAUGGCGGAAGUGACAAAUAG